AUGUCGACUCUCAGGCUUGCGACAGCUUCCAAUGUACGCGCUUUCCAGAUACUGACCGAAGCUCUUGACGCAAGCAACGGGAAGUGGUCACAAUGGAUUGAAAGCGAAACACUCGACGAUGAGGUCGGAAGAUUCAGAGUGUGGGCUGGCAAUCUGGGAGCGUUGCAGAAAGGCCACAGCUCGCUCGACUACAGGCUGCGCGGCUCCCCGGUCUUAUUCAGUAGUGCCCUCAGACUACUGAAUGAGCUUGAGCAGAAUCUGAAUGAAACAUAUGCUAUCGUUUCUGAGGCGCGCCUGCCUUAUGAACAGCAAACGCCAUCGGAGGGUUCUGACGAUGAUAGCGACCGUGGCUCGUCCAGCGAGGAAGAGGAACACGACUCUGACAGCGACGAACCUAGAAGCGAGUUGCGGAUGAGAUAUGAAGAAAUCGUGGAUAUCAUCGACAACCUCUACAAGCUCAGCGUCCGCAUCAGGACACCGACAGUACGCUCAAGAUCGCUCAAAGCCUCUGCCUACACGCCAGUGGAUCCAGAGACUGGUGUGGAUAUCCUCGGUGUGUACGCUGAACUGGAUCGAAAGCAUGUUCGAGAGCUACUCUCGCAGCUACGGAAGACGCAUCCUGCACAGAAUGAGGAAGAUGAGGACUUCUUGACUGAGCGGUUGAGCUCUUCUAUUACACUGCGUAGGCGGCAUUUCAAGUAUUGGAAGCGUCGUAAGUUCGACAAGGAAUAUUGCUGCAUCUUGCACAGUCUGACUAUGAUAGAUCGUGAUAAGUUGGGCGCUUCCGCAGAUUCCGAAGACAUAGCAGAUGCUGGCAAACCUACAGCGAAUGAAGCGCCAGCUCCGAUGCGUCAUGACACUCUUGAAGCUCACCCACCUAUGCCAACAAUCAAUACCCCAAAGCCGACCCCGAGUCAAAAGACUGGGAAAACCUUGCUGUCUGGUACGGAGGCGACGCAUCAUCAUCAAUCUCUAGACGAUAUCGUGGACACCAAAUCCGUGACGAGCUACGCAGUCACCGUGAAAGAUUUAGAUGGAAAAGGGAUCGAUCUACCACCCCCUCCAAAGGCUGCUACCUGCGACAAGGACUUCGAGUGCCCAUACUGUUGGAUCGUCUGCCCUGCACGAUAUGGCAAAGGCCGAGCUUGGAAGACUCAUCUGCUACAAGACCUACAGCCGUAUAUUUGUACACACCGGGACUGCGAGAGUUCCGAACUGCUCUUCCGUAGUCGUCGAGAGUGGGCGGAACACGAAGCGACUCAUCGCAAGCUAUGGCGCUGCCCAGAACAUGUGAACGCCUUAUACAACACCCAAGCUGGUCUUGAGAAUCACCUUCGGCAGGACCAUAUCGGCAGCUUCCCCGACGACCAGAUAGCUAUCAUGGCCAAGAUCGGAGAGACUAUAGCCGUGGACUCGCGGGAGAAGUGCCCGAUAUGUUUUGUGCCUACGGUCACUGAAGGUUUGGGCGACUUGCAGAGCCACAUUGCUAACCAUUUGGAGCGCCUUGCUACUUUUGCACUGCCUCAUGGUAGAGAAGACGACGAAGACGGUGCAAGCAGUGUGGCAAGCCGUGGGAGCUCCAAUUCUCAAUCCUUACCCGAGUCGAUAAGUACCGGUUCAAGCAACGAGAUGGUCGCACUCAGCCGAGAUCUGGAAACUGAGCAGUCUGUUGAGACGGAGCUCGAUGAGGAAGACCGCCUACUGAUGCAGUUCAGGGAUGAGAACAUGCCAUGGAAGGAGAUCGCAGCGCGCUUCCAGGAAGCCUUCAGCAGGCAGUACGAUAUACCAACAAUGCAGAGGCGCCGUAAGCAAUUGGUGGAUCGGGCAAACAAGCAAUCUCUUGAGUUUGAGUUCAGUGAGAAAGACCGACUGCUGCUACAACUCAAAGAUAAAGAGCACAUGCCGUGGAAGGACAUCGCAGUGCGCUUCUCAGAAGUCUUUGGCACUGAUUACCGAAACCGAAUACCCGCACUCCAGAUGCGUAUAAAGCGAGUAAAGGAACAGAUUCUUGAGCAGUAUCUUGCGUCUGGAAUCAGUGGGGAAGACCGCCUGCUACUGCAACUCAGUGCCAAAGAUCGCAUGCCUUGGGAGGAGAUUCAAGCGCUGUUCCGGAAAGCCUUUGGCAAAGAGUACAAAAUCACCGCACUCGAGUCUCGGGUGCAGCAACUUUGUGAAGAGAUGUCUAAGCAGUCACUCCAACUAACCGAGACCAGCCGAGGUCUGCUGUCCGCAGAGAUGCUGCAGCAACUUCCCGACGAGAGCAACAACCGGAUGGCGAGGAUCUCGAACCAAGUGGACGACCUAGACAACCUGGACGACCUGGACGACUUGGAAGAUGAGCAAACCGACAAUGAACAGCCUGAUGAAAACAUAUUGCCCGAGCACCAGAAACAUCUGGAAGAACGGGAGGCGUUUAGACAACACGUCUCAUCGUUACCAGGAGUUCUAUCGGUACGAUUUUAUCGCGGCUACGGCUCAUGGACUGGCCUUGUCACGUUCGCCGAUGAUGUGGUGGGCGAACAAGCAACUGCGCUGUUUGACGCUCAGCGAUUUCCCAACGUUGUGUUCAAGAGUAAAAAGAACAAAAGCAAGUGGACAUUCACCAGAACUGCUGGCACGAGCAAGAAGGACGGCUCCUUCGUCCGCCAGCCAACAGUGGAUACACAGACCACGGAAGAAGCCGAGAUUCUUCCAUUCGGGUCUGACACGUAUGACGAAGAAGUUGAAGAAUCAAGCAAACAACCAAUCAUCACGACUGUCGAAAUCCCUACGUUACGCUCGCUUUAUCAGUCCAGGCGGCUGUUGCAGCGCGAUCAGAGCUUUGCGCCAAACGAUGCUUACAAUCAGAUGAUCUCGUUCUGUCAUUACGACCUAACGAGAUUGAGGGUAGAUGCCAUCGUCAGCAAUGCUUCAGGUAACUUCCAAGCCAAUCCUGAUCCAGAUUCUCUGCAUCACGCUAUCUACAAAGCCGGCGGUUCAGGUCUCAGAGAAGAGGCGAGAUCAAAAGCCAAGGUCAAAGUGGGCCAGGUCGAGCUCACACACGGCCACAAUCUUCCAAGCUCAUGGGUGAUUCAUGCAGCUGCACCAGGAUAUACAGGCCGCAAAGGAGUAGGCCAAUUCAACGUUCUUUCCGAGUGCUAUCGGAGUGCCAUGAUAAUGGCGGCUAACUACGAGUUCAAAACAAUCGCUUUUCCUUGCCUGGGUACUGGGGGUUGCAUGUUUCCUGCACGUGUCGCUGCACGUAUAGCGCUGCAAGAGAUCAGGGAAUACUUGGAUUCACAUCCUACACAUCGACCUGAGCGAAUCAUCUUCUGCGUACGGGCAGCAGUCGAUGAGAAGGCGUAUACCGACUUCUUACCGGUAUUCUUCCCACCCACGCAUGGAGAUCUGGACAGAGCGAGAAGUUCAGACUGGUCCGCGAAUCGUGCUGCGCUGGCAGCUCAGGUACUAGAGGCCCGUACGCAACUUCAAAAUGCAUUGACUGCAAUCACCGUUACCUACGACUUUGGCACGCAAAGUACGGUCUGUGCUCACGACAUGCGUAGGAUCGACUCUACGCUAAGUUCGAUCCGCAAACACCUCUUAGGGCCGAAGGAGCUCAAGCGCAGUCUGGGCGACCUCAACUUACUAUGCUCCGUCAUUCUUACGGCAUGUGCUGACAUUAUGGAUAUGGCCGAGCGAGCACGUAAACAGGGCCGCGCUGGGAAUACGCAGUCUAUCUGGACCGAAGCCAACACCGAUAUACGAGCCAAGCAUGGAUUCGAGCUUACGAGUGUCUUUGACUACAGCUGGAUCUUCGCCAAUAGCUUAGAGGAGGUCCUGAUACUUGGCAAAGCAGAACCAGAUGCGAUGGGACGAGCACGUCAGAUCCUGGAGACCUAUGGUGUCAAGCAGAAGGGCCAAGAUGCCGAAGGUAUCCGCGAUCAUCUGGAUGAGGUACUGUACGUGCGUGAGGCUGAACGGCCUACCCCCAAAAUUCGCGGACUCAUCCAAAUCCAUCAAAUACCCCCCGUAGCGAGGCUCUACAUACUGGGCCAACUGGAAGAGAAGCCUACAAUGGCGAAACCCUCCACUCUAUUCAACCACACUGUGUGCCUACUGAGAGAGGACAUCACGAGACUGGAGGUCGAUAUCGUGGUAAACUCAACCGACCCAAGCUUCUCCGGCAUGGGUACUCUAGAUCGUAGCAUCUUCAAGAAAGGAGGAGAUGAUUUGCGCUCGGAAGUCUCAACCUUUGGCAAAUGUGAAGAAGGCGACGUCAAAGCGACUGCCGGAUACCUUCUCCCAGCCAAACACAUUCUCCACGUCGUUCCGCCUGGAGUGUUUAGGAGCGAUACCAAGAACAUCUUGAGGUACAUCUACCGGGCAAUCCUGCACGAUGCUGUGCUCAUGAGGGCGACUUCCAUUGCGAUACCGAGUAUUGGAACCGGCAUGCGGAACUACCCGCGGCGCGACUGCGCGUCGUUGGCGAUGGAGGAAGUGAAACGCUUUCUGGAAUCUGCUGAGCCUGGUAAUGGGCUUGAUAAGAUCAUAUUCGUUGUCUUUUCUUCCAAUGACGAGUUCGUCUACAAGAGCCUUUUGCCGGUCUACUUUCCGCCAACGAAGGGCAAUACGUCGCCUACUAUCUUGGCGGAACAGCCUGCGCAGGUCGAGGGAAGCUCUUCUUCGUUGUUUCCUGAUACCACAGAUGAGCCUUCUUCAUCUAUCGCUGGAGAAGAUACCUCCCACCGUGUCCGAUUUGGCAAGCAACCAGUAAAGUCGCGGGCUUGGAAGGACGACGAGGCCAAAGCUUUGAUGGACUUCGAACUACAUGUCGAAAUUUGCGAAGUGUGCAAAGACGGUGUCUUUGAAGAUGUUCACAAACUCUGCGAACCCGGCUUCCAUUUCGCCAAAGCAGUUCUACAAAGAAUGGAGAUGUCUGAAAAUGCGCUUGUGUAUAGCAAAGCGCACGAGCAGGGUUCAAGAGAACAUUUGGAGAUGCCGGUCGAAAAAUUGCCUAGCUCCUGGCUGUUACUUUCCACCGUUGCGAAAGGCGGACGUUAUAUGUCGGAGAAUGCAUCUGCUCCAGCCGAAAAGCCCGACACGGCGGACCCUGUCACACCUGUAUGGGAACGCCCUUCGGUACCGAACGACCCAGACAAUAUUGUGCAGGCUACAGAGCAGCCCGCGGUAGUCCGAGUGGAAAUUGUGUCCCCACGCACCGAUACUGGAGACUGGUUCUACUCAUGGGUUCGAGUCUUCAGGAGCAAGAUCGAGAUGUACUCUGGGGAUUAUGAUCCUGAGCCAUACGGAGAAUCUACUGGACAUACGCCGUAUGCGUCCAUAGAUCUCACCGAUACCAUCACAAACGUGGACGGCGGCAAAGGCAACAUUGUGUCCUUGUGGACAGUACCGCGAGGACCAGACCAGGGAGAAACAUGGCAUUUCCGUAGCUCUGACGUUGUUGAUUCUAAUGCGCUUCUCGAACUUUUCAAACGAGCUAUCGAUCGCGGUAGCCAGGAGCGGGAGAAGAAGAUGACAGCGGAGGUUGAGCAGACAACGGACCCGAAAGCGACGAUUGCCUCGAAAAGCGGACGAGAUGUCCUUGAAGACCCAUCUGCUGACGCCAACAAGCCCAGUGCUGCGAAGCUCGACGACCAAGUUCAGAAAGAUGACAAGGCGGCCCCCUUUUCGGAAGCAGAAGAUGCGAAUGUUGUCGCACCAGAUGCGGGGCCGCGUGCUGUCAUUCGUGUCAAGGUUCUCGAACCACCCAACACUCCAAACUGGACGGAUUCCAUCCUAUAUGUCUACAAGAGCAAACUCAUCGUGGAGUUUGAGAAGAAUGGUCGUUUAGACCAACCAUUCGCCACGAUAGAUCUCAAACAUACUAGUUCGGACUUGACACGUGGCACUGAUCGCGGCAUAUUCGACUACUCGAACACAACAUGCUUGCGCGUGUGGCAUUAUGGAACUAACGAAGAGGAAGGAUACGAAGGGAGGGGCCCGUGGUACUUUCACAGCAACGAAAGGUCUGAUGCGGAUGCAGUUUUUGAUAUGCUUCAACAGGCUAUCGAUCGUAAUAGCAUCUUUGGCGGUUGGGGAAGUACAGAUCGUAACAGCCGGUCUGGCGAUUGGGGGAGUACAGUGCUCAGAGGCUUGGAGAGACGCUUUCCGACACCGCUCAUUGCACCAGUUGCACAACCUGAGGACACUGGAGAAGCUCUCGAUGCGUUGUAUUAUCCUGAAUGGAACCAAAGGCUGCGCGACAUCAAAGAUCAGGUAGAUGACAAACACCGCACCGGCGAAGACACAGAUCCAAAGCACGUCGCGCACGCAGACCCUACAUUCAAUUCGGGCAGUGCUUCAACCGAUUUGGAGCCAGAGUCAGGGGAGCUUCCUCUAGACACACAGAUCCUUGCUUACCUUGAUGAUGAUUUUAAGAACCGACCUGGCUCGUACAUAGGCCAGAACAUCGAGAAGAUCGUUUCUGACCUCUGGUCCUGGCGCCCUAGUUCCAUCGUUUCUGCUUUGCGAAGGCUAGCUGCCGAAGGAAAAGUUCACAACACUGCUGAUGAUGAGACAUGGGUUAUCUCAGAACCUAUAUCCUGGGAUCUUCGGUCUAGCCCAGAAGAACGACCGAAGAAGCCAAAAGAUGAUCUAACAGAUCGGAUUUUGCUAUGCAUGGAUCGUGUGGGCGGCAAACACCAGUUUCUUACCAUGAUCGGUGAGCUUCUGACUACCGCUGAUGAAUUGUGGCCUGCGCUCCGUGAUCUAGCAGCCAACGGACUCGUCUAUAGUGAGGCUAGCGGACAGAUCUGGGGUCUCACCGGUAUGGGCAGGAGUAGGAUGAGAGCACACUAUUUACAGCAGCAAGCAGCAAGCGCAGAACAAGACAUCGCGCUACUUGCUACUGGAUCGACUCCUGGCGAGACGUUCCAUUCAUCUAGCUAUUGGCGUGCCUCCGAGGUAGAGGACUUCGAAAUCAAUGUUGCACAUUUUGGUACGGACUGGGCAGCAUUGGCGAGCCACAUAGGCACAAAGACACCUACUAUGGUUAAGAACCAUUACCUACUUCUUGUCAAAAAUGGCAACCUAGCCUUGGAGCAGUCAGCAAAAGAGGCAGAUGCACGAAACGCUCUCGCUUCUCAACAACUUGCUACGGAGUCCCUCAAGUCCAUGGAGCAGCCCACGUCAGAUGAGGCCAACGCUAUUGCUGAAAAUCGUGGUGAUUCCAACCGGAAUGAGGACACAUCAAACAACCUAGCCGACCGUGCUUUAUCUUACCUGAGAAGCUUGUCUGGAGUGAGCGAAAACAUUUCGGAUCUCGCAUCCAAGUUCGAUACCCCAGUCGCUGAGCUUCAACCAAUACUCAAACAGUUGAGAUCCGAUGGGUUGGUGCAUAAUACGGGGGAUAAUUCGACUUGGGCUGCGGCAAUCUCAACUCGACAUUUUCGUCCACGAUCGACUCGCAUGGAUCCCCCACCCCACUCUCCCAUCGCAAAGUCAGAUGGCUUGCCGCGUUCUGGUGGUGGUGGCUACAACAAGUAUCCAUGCCCGAACUGGCAAAAGAAAGGUCAUCCUUCAAUUUACGACUUUGUCAAUAAGAAGGAUGAGCUGUGCGCUCAUUGCAUGGACAGUUGGAGAGACGGCAGAGGCGCAAAAGAGAGGAGACAGACCAAGUCCAACAAAGCACUAGCGGAUGACAUCAGAGAAGACAUGGAAUCAGGCACAGCGAAUAGGUUGAGACGAAUGAAGAGUGCAAGGGAAAGGAGACACAAGGAGCCGAGCAAGGCAAAGAAGAACGACAUUGACGACGAACUGGAGGACUACGAUGGACAGGAAGAGGACUUUGUGGACGAAGAGGUAGCUCGGACGUGA